AUGCAAGAAAUUGGAAGCACUCUUUAUUUAACAUUACUAAUAAUAAUAUCAGUUUUAUCUUUGAUUGGAUGUUCAGUCUUGUUAAUUGAUUAUUUUAAAUAGAGAUUUAAUGCCAAUCUAGCAGCAAAAUUAUUAGCUAUUUUGUCUAUUAGUGAUGCAAUAUAUGUCAUUGCUGUAAUCGUUAAUCCUAUCGCAUGUACUCAAUGAAUUAUAAAUUAGAGAAUGAUGGGGCUUUUUGUUCAAUUUAAGCUCUAUUUAAGUAAUCAUCAAGUGUUUCCACAUUUAUUGUUAAUUUUUUCUUUUGCUUAACUACUUAUCUCACAAUAGUGAAAAACAUAGAUAUAACAGAAGAUAAAUAUUACAAAUACAAAAGGAAUGCUAAAAUAUUUUCAAUUCUAUUUCCUUUUUUGAUUGCUCUUGUUCCUAUUACUUAUAAUGGAUAUGGAAUAUAAUAUAAUGUAUGUAGUUUUAAAACUUAAAAUGCUUAUUGGGUAGGGGAAUUCUUUUUAUUUUAUGUUCCCUUUGGAUUUCUAUUUGGAGCAAGUCUAUUUUUCCUUUUGAAAAUACAAAACUUUCUCAAAGAAAUCUAAUCAAAUAAAUUAGGUCUUGAUGAUUUUAGAAUCAAUAGAAGAACUUUAAUUACAUAAAAUAGUCAGAUUACUGUAGGAGAAUAAUACACAAGAUUCCUUUUAUAUUAUACCCUUGUUCAUCUAUUCUGUUGGCUUCCAAUUAUCAUAAGUUCACUUUUUGAUAUUAUAUGGAAAAGAAACUUCUUAUGGUUCGGAAGAAUAAGUUAUCUAUGUGCAUGUUCAUAAGGAUUUCUAGAUUUUAUUCUAUUCAUGAUUAGCAAGAGAGUUUCUUCUCGAUCCUAUGUUUACGAAAGGAAUAAUAGUAUUUUAACUGCAGAUCCAAUAGACAUAUAUAGAGGAUCUGUUGUAUACAAUUCAACAUUAUGA